AUGGCGGCAGACACUGCAGUGUCUGCGAGUCCUGAAGAGACUCUGGAGUCACUGUUACGUGAAGCAGAGGCUCUCAAGCAGAAGUUAGAGGAGGAGCGCCAAAAACUCAAUGAUGUUACUUUGUCAUGUGUUGCUGAAAGGUUGGAGCCCAUUAAUUUUCCUACUCUAAAACUGCGUAGAGUGCUCAAGGGUCAUCAAGCCAAGGUUCUUUGCUCAGAUUGGUCUCCAGAUAAACGUCAUAUUGUUUCUUCUUCUCAGGAUGGGAAAUUGAUUAUUUGGGAUGCAUUUACCGCCACUAAAGAACUUACAAUUUCUAUGCCCAGCACCUGGGUCAUGGCAUGUGCAUAUGCUCCUUCUGGGAACAUGGUUGCUGCUGGGGGCUUGGACAACAAGGUGACGGUAUUCCCACUGGCGUCUGGUGGCGCAGAGGAGGAGCCGACGGCGCGCAAGCGCACUGUGGCCACGCACACCUCCUACAUGUCGGCAUGCCUGUUCCCUAACACCGACCGCCAGCUGCUUACGGGUAGCGGCGACGGCACCUGCGCGCUGUGGGACGUGGAGUCUGGCCAGCUGCUGCAGAGCUUCCAAGCGCACGCCGCCGACGUGAUGGCGCUCGACCUGGCGCCCAGCGACAUGGGCGACACGUUCGUGUCAGGUGGCUGCGACCGCGCCGUGCUCGUGUGGGACAUGCGCUCGGGCCACGCCGUGCAGGCCUUCGACACGCACUUGUCCGACGUGAACAGCGUGCGCUUUCAUCCGUCGGGCGACUCGCUGGCGUCGGGCUCCGACGACUCGUGCUGCCGCCUGUUCGACCUGCGAGCCGACCGCGAGGUGGCGCGCUACGGCAAGGACAGCCUGCUGUUUGGCGUCAACUCGGUGGAAUGGUCGCUGAGCGGGCGUCUGCUGUUCGCGGGCUACAGCGACUACACGGCGUGCGCGUGGGAUGCGCUGCGCGCCGCGCGCGUGUGCGUGCUGUGCGGGCACGAGCACCGCGUGGCGCGCGUGCAGCUCGCGCCUGACGGCACGGCGCUGUCCACCGCCUCGUGGGACACCACACUGCGCGUGUGGGCC